GUUCGACACACCCUCUUUUUGUUUGACCUAUCUUUGUGUUUCCCGCCCUUUGCGGGGCCAAUACCGUGUGGAUGUGGCAGUGCUUGCCUACGAUGUUUCGGAGCGAGCGUGCAUGGCGAAACCGAAGCGGCGAGGGAGCAGCCCCCCGAAAAGCAUGGCACGUUUGAGCGACUUGCCACGAGCAGUGCGGAUGGAAACCAUAUAUUCCGGGCGAUGUCCUGCAGGUCGCGUCCAGAUCUAUCGUCCCUUCUCAUCGAGCUGACUUCCCAUCAUUACAUUAUAAUUUGUAAUCCGUCGGCCUAACAAAGAUGCAUCCAUUCCGCGCAAUAGUCCUUCUCUCUCUCACUUCCCUCCCAGCGGCAUUCACGCAAGACACAACCAGCUCCACUGUACCAGAUGCAUGCAAAGACAUCUGCGACCCCGUCGUCCAGCUCGCCACCGCUUGCAACAUGGACGCUAUGGGCGGCAUGGGCACCGCCAGCAACCGCAACGGCUGGCAGAUCGCAAAGCGAAACGACGAACAAGAUGCAGAAGCUCAAUUCAAAGCGGACUGCGUCUGCAACAACAGGUCCUUUGAUGUCGGCGCUGUCAUGGGCCUAUGCGCGAGCUGCAUGGGGCAGCAGGACGGGCAGACAAGCCAACGGUCGAUUACUGAGGUCGGCUUCUUGAGCAACUUUGUACUGGCACAAGAUCUCAGCAGCGCUAUGAGCCAGUGCUCGUUCGCCGCAACUUCAUAUGCACCAUCCGCGACGUCGAUUUUGAAAGGUAUUCAGGUCCAGGUGACACAGGCGGCGAUGACUGUGAUGGCGGGAAGCAGUACGACAGCGAGUGAGGCUGGAAAUACCCCGGCUUUGGGCGGUGCAGGACGAGUGGAGAUCGUGGCUGGUGUCUGGGCUGUGGGAGCCGUGGCGGCAUCUAUGGGGUUGGGCGCGGGAUUUCUCAUCGGUAUGUUGUGACCAGUCGCUUCGGCUCUGCCAGUUUGUUUCUCUUAUUUCAUCACUAUUACUUACAUACCCGUGCUUAUUCACGUCUUCUUCGUUU